CCGAUAGAACGUGUACUUAAGGAAUUUACGGAAAAGUUAAAGGCUACCGGCUACAAGAUUAUUAUUUGGGAUAGCUCAGGCUAUAGAGAAUACGUCGAGAUUAUAGAUUUAUUCUAUACCGCCGACAGAGGUAAAAAUAUUCGUCGAGAGGUCGAGGCCGGAGGAGAACCGUAUAUUCCUUAUAUCGAAGCCUUAGUUAACCGCGGUUAUGUAAUAUCGGUAUAUAAGUACUGGCAGCUUAAUAAUCGUAAAAAUUUGACGAAAUGGCCGCUCUCCGGGCGUAACGUGGACGUGAUCCUAAUGCCAACUUCUAUGCCACACGUAGCGGUGCCGUACCGAAUAUAUCGGUAGGCUAGAUACACUGAGGUCUGGAACUUCCUGGACUAUACUGCGCUCUUAUUCCCUACUAGGACCGUGGAAAAGCAGAUAGACAAGUUUCCAACGGAGCAGUAUAAGCCCCGUAAUGACUACGAC